AUGAUCGGAAGCCUAGGCUGUCGGCGUGUUUCUAUGUCGCCACCGUCCACAAUUAGACAGUUGGAGGGAAUUAGAUGCCCCUCUGAUCGCACUAUAAAGACUUGGAAUCUUGGUUCACCUGAUCCUAACUUCACACUAGAUGCACAUCUCAAGGGAGUGAACUGUGUGGAUUACUUUACUGGUGGUGAUAAACCUUAUCUUAUUACUGGAUCAAAUGAUCACACUGCUAAGGUAUGGGAUUAUCAAACUAAAACUUGUGUCCAAACUCUAGAAGGUCACACACACAAUGUUUAUGCUGUAUGUUUCCAUCCCGAGCUUCCAAUAAUAAUGACAGGUUCAGAAGAUGGUACUGUUCGUAUAUGGCAUUCAACCACUUACAGACUUGAGAACACCUUGAACUAUGGGCUUGAAAGGGUUUGGGUUGUUGGAUACAUGAAAGGUUCACGUCGGAUUGUUAUUGGCUAUGAUGAAGGAACCAUAAUUGUGAAAAUUGGACGUGAAGAGCCUGUAGCCAUGGACAAUAGUCGAAAAAUUAUAUGGGCUAAACAUAAUGAAAUUCAAACUGUUAACAUCAAGAGCGUGGGAGCUGAUCAUGAGGUUUCUGAUGGAGAGAGACUGCCUUUAGCAGUUAAAGAACUAGGAACAUGUGAUCUUCAUCCACAAAGCUUGAAGCACAACCCAAAUGAGAGGUUUGUUGUUGUUUGUGGUGAUGGUGAAUACAUCAUAUAUACAGCUUUGGCAUGGAGAAAUAGAUCAUUUGGGUCUGCAUUAGAGAUUGUUUGGUCAUCUGAUGGUGAAUAUGCUGUUAGGGAAAGUACAUAUAAGAUCAAGAUCUUCAACAAAUCUUUUCAAGUUCUCCCAUAA